CACCAUACCGUUGCCGGCCUCCUCGUCCUCUCCCCCUUCUUCCUCCUCCUCCCCUCGAAACCAUUUCAAUUUUUCAAAUCAAAUCCAAUCCUCCUCCUCCAGAUCUCUCCACCCCACCUCCGCCUCCCAUGUCCGCCUCCUCGCGCUUCGAUCUCCGGGCCUCGUCGCACCCGCACCAGCACGCCAUCGGAGGCGGAGGCGGAGGCGGAGGCAUGAGUGACGGUGGCGGUGGCGCGGCGGCGGCGUUCGCGGACGCGGGGAACCUCGAGCACUGCGCCAGGUACCUCAACCAGACGCUCGUCACCUUCGGCUUCCCGGCCUCGCUCGAUCUCUUCGCCACCGACCCCGUAUCGAUUGCGAGAACGUGCAACUGCAUCUAUGCUCUUCUUCAGCAGCGGCAGCGUGAUAUUGAGUUCCGGGAGUCUACCAAUGAUCUGCGUCAGCGUAUGCAGUCUGAUAUUUCUAGAUUAGAAGCCAAGAUUGAAAGAAUGGAUGCUCAAUUAGCUGCAAAAGAUCGCGAGCUGGCCACAUUGACUAGAACGGAGGCCAAAAACACUGCAACUUUGAAGGCUCAGAUUGACAAGCUGCAACAGGAACGCGAUGAGUUCCAAAAAAUGGUUAUUGGCAAUCAGCAAGUACGUACCCAGCAAAUUCAUGAAAUGAAGAAAAAAGAGAAAGAAUACAUCAAAUUGCAGGAGAAGUUAAACCAGGUAUUAAUGGAGAAAAAGAAGGAAUCAUCACGUUCAGGAAUGGAAAUAAUGAACUUGUUGCAGAAAGAAGGACGGCAGCGUGGAACUUGGAGUGGAAAAAAGAAUGACAAUGAUUAUUACAAAAUGAUUGUUGAUGCCUAUGAGGUAAAGAAGCAAGAGUUGAUGCAAGAAAAUGCUGAUUUGCGAGCACUAUUGCGUUCGAUGCAGAUGGAUAUGCGCGAGUUCCUCAAUGCUCCAAAUGGAGUUCCACAGCCAGCUGUUGUGGGCAAUGGACGACAGGAGGCAGGAUCUCCUCAGUCUCCACUUGGUGGCAAGACGGAUGUCUUUGAUUUGCCCUUUCACAUGGCUAGAGACCAGAUUGAAGAGAGUUUGCGCACUAAAAUGGCUUCCAUAAAGGCCCGAAUGACACAACUUCAAGAUGCCCAAAAGGGUGCAGAAGUGACAUCAGAAGCUACCGAGCGGGAACUUGAACUUGAAGCUCAACUAGUUGAAGCUAGAAGCAUUAUCCAGGAGCAGGCAUCCCUCAUGUCCAAGCACUUUACGAAGUCUGAUAAACCAAGGAGGUUGAGUGGAUUGGAUGCUGAGCGUGAGGCGGUUGCAGCUCAGGAGGUGUAAAUUAUGUUUGUGUCGACCUUCACAGGCUUCAGCUAUCCAAGGCACGUCACGAUGCCAACCUUUCAUCGAGGUCUCAUGUGUUUAGUAACCACCAAGCUUCCUCCUUGGUAAACCUGUUGUUGCCAUGGUAGCAUGACUUCUAGGCGUUCUCUGUGUAGUAUUAUGUGCAGGAGCAUCUCCUCCGCUGUUGCUAACUGCCUGCCUCUGACUGUUACAUGUAUCGCACUUCUACUGUUAGGGAGAACAGAUCAAUGUAGCUAUUAUGGCCUACGAAAUAGGCAUCAAUACCUUACUUACAGAAUUGUUAUUCCCUUCUUUCAAAUGUGGAGCUAGUUGUGGCUGUUGACCUCUGGCAUU